CUCCACCCCCUUAUGCGCCCCUACCACCACCACCACCACCACCACCGCUCUCACCCCCAUCUCUUCGCCCAAAGGCCUUUAGUUGCAUUUACACACCCAACCCCCCUGUUUUAUUUCUUCCUUCAUUCCAGUUUUCUAAAAUAAUUGAUUUCUAAAUAAAAUUUAUUUUCUGUUGAUUACCAUCGUAUCCUCUUUCAAUCUUCCUGUCGCAUAACUUAAAAAGCCACAAAUCCAAGUGUCAUAAUCUGUAUCCCAACCACUAUUUAUUUUUGUGGAGGGUGAAAGGAAAGAAGGAAAGGAUCUAUAAUUCUCGGUUCAGAAAUUGUUGUAAAACCAUGAAGCGCGCGUGUCCGGGCGAGGAUGAUGAUGGUGAGAAGAUGAAGAAGAUAAAGGUAGAAGAAGCAGAAGAAGAAGAAGAAGAAAAAAGUGGGAUUAUGAAUCUGGAUGAUAAUUUGCUGUUUGAGGUGUUCAAGCACGUGGACGCAAAGACGCUGGCGAUGGCGGCGUGCGUAAGCAAACAGUGGCAUAAAACAGCAGAGGACGAGCGUCUCUGGGAGCUGAUCUGCACAAGGCACUGGGCUAACAUCGGCUGCGGCAACCAACAGUUGAGAUCUGUUGUCCUUGCGCUCGGUGGGUUUCGUCGUCUCCACUCUUCUUUUAUUUGGCCUCUCUCGAAGCCUAAAUCUUCGUCUUCCUCCUCCUCCUCGACUUCCUCGUCUUCCUCCUCCUCAUCGUCGCCCUGGCAUCGGUUGGCGCCGAUGCUUGGUCCAAAGCCCCCGGUUGGUUCCAAGCCCCCGACUCGCUGGGGAAAAGACGAGGUUAACCUCUCGCUCUCGCUUCUCUCUAUUCGCUUCUACGAGAAGAUGGAUCCCACUAACAGAGGCAGAUGAGACGCUAUUUUUCCUUGUACGUAACAUAUAUAUUUCCUAAUUCCGUUUUGCCCUGUUGUUUUGUUUCUUUCUUUUUCGACUUCGAUUUGGGACUUUCCGUUUUAUUUUAUUUUAUUUUUGUUUUUCCACUCUUGCUCUGGAUUUCUGCCGUUUUGGGAAUCAGAUCUGUAUUCUUGUUGACUUUUAAGCUUAUUAUUGUACAUAAAUUGAAAUUAACUUUCUGAACUAUUGUAUGUUGAUGGUUACGAAUUAAGAGUGCAAGUUCUGUUUCC